UUCUUACUUUACACAGUAUCUCUCCCCUUUUCUCUGCUGUUUCUCUUUCCUAGAUGGGCCAUGCACGUUUGCACUUUCACAUCAAACUGCUUGCAGGAUUCUCUUUAAAGCCGAAUGCAAUCUACAACUUUUUUUUUAUUUCAUUUACUUAAUCAUUUAAAACAUGUUAUGUGUCCAAGAAGGUUGGAUUCUCAUUGUGGUGAAGUUUCUUUUCAUUCUGCCAAGCAGACAUGCUAGUGCUUUUCUGCAGAGCAGUUACCACUUUCCAGACCAGGAACAAGAAAACUUUGUCAAGACUCAUAAAGAAUUCGAUGUGGUGCAUCCUAUGAAAGUUGACUGGGAUGGAGUGUUUGUGUCUCACAGUUUAACCCAUCACAUCAACAAACACAGGAGAAAAAGAGACGCGAGAACAACCGACGCUCGGGUCUACUACAGAAUUCACCACAAGGGCCAGGAUUUGCUUUUUAAUCUUACUGUUAACCAAAAUCUACUUUCCCAUGGCUACGUGUUAGAGAGAAGAUACGGAAACCUUACUGGUGCCAAGAUGCAACCGCACUCAGAGAAUUCCUGUCAUCUCACUGGCACUGUUACUACGUGGAAGCAGGUCGACAAGGAAAUUGGGUCGGCGGCUGUCAGCACCUGCAGCGGAUUGAAUGGAUUCUUCAGGUUAUCUAAUGGACAUUAUUUUAUUGAACCCAUUCGUAACUAUCAUCAGGAGGAGGGGGCGCAGCACCCACAUGUCAUCUACAGGAGGCAUUUUCCACAGUCGCCCCACAGGCAGCGACGUGACAUCGACUCAGGAGACAAGAUGAUGUGUGGACUUAAAGAUUCCACUAGUGACUUUUUGAAGGUAGAAAGGCAAAGAGAAAGCUGGGAGAGAAAACACCGGAACAACCACCGUCGAAUUUCCCAACGCUCUGUCAGCAAAGAACGAUGGGUAGAGACUUUGGUUGUGGCUGACUCCAAAAUGAUAGAGUAUCAUGGAAGUGAAAAUGUAGAGUCCUAUGUCUUUACUAUUAUGAAUAUGGUUGCUGGGAUAUUUCACGACCCGAGCAUCGGCAACGCAGUUCACAUUGUGCUCGUGCGGCUUAUUCUACUGGAAGAGGAGGAGAAAGGGUUAAAGAUUGUCCACCAUGCAGACAACACCCUCUCGAGUUUCUGCAAGUGGCAGAAGAGCAUCAACCCUAAAAGUGAUACCCAUCCAGCUCACCAUGAUGUUGCAGUGCUUAUUACCAGAAAAGACCUCUGUGCUGGGAAGAACCAGCCAUGUGAGACAUUAGGACUCUCUCAUCUUUCUGGAUUGUGCCAGCCCCAUAGAAGCUGUAAUAUCAAUGAGGACUCAGGGCUCCCUGUAGCAUUCACAGUUGCACAUGAACUGGGCCACAGUUUUAGUAUCCACCAUGAUGGGCAGGGAAAUGACUGUGAACCAGUUGGAAGACACCCCUUCAUCAUGUCCCGCCAACUACAGUAUGACCCUUCACCCCUGACAUGGUCACACUGCAGCAAGGAGUACAUUACCCGCUUCUUAGAUCGUGGCUGGGGCUCAUGUUUGGAUGAUCGUCCAUCUAAAAAAGACCUGACAGCCCCCAUUGUCGCCCCUGGAGUUCUGUACGACAUCCACCAGCAGUGUCAGCUCCAGUAUGGACCCAACACCACCUUCUGUGAUGAGGUUGAGAAUGUAUGCCAGACCCUCUGGUGCUCAGUAAAUGGAUCAUGUCGUUCCAAGCUGGAUGCAGCUGCAGAUGGUACCUGGUGUGGAAAGGAAAGGUGGUGCCUUUCUGGAGAGUGUGUGGUUGUGGGGAAGCGCCCUGAUAAAAUGAAUGGGAAAUGGGGCAUGUGGAGUUCCUGGUCCCACUGCACACGGACCUGCGGUGCUGGAAUUCAGUCUGCAGAGAGACAGUGCAACAACCCACAGCCGCAGUUUGGAGGCAAGUACUGCACAGGAGAGCGCAAGCGGUAUCGAAUAUGUAACACCAAAGCCUGUCCCCAGGACAGGCCCACUUUCAGAGAAAUGCAGUGCAGUGAAUUCAACACGGUGCCCUACAAGAAUGAGCUGUAUGAGUGGAUCCCAGUCGCUAACACCUUAAACCCCUGCGAGCUUCACUGUCGGCCUGUUGAUGGACAAUUCUCUGAGAAAAUGUUGGACGCUGUCAUAGAUGGGACCUCGUGUUUUGAUGACAAUAACAGCAGAAAUAUCUGUGUCAAUAGUGUUUGUAAGGACGUAGGAUGUGACUAUGCAAUCGACUCCAAUGCUGUUGAAGAUCGCUGUGGGGUGUGUCUUGGAGAUGGUUCUGGCUGUCAGACUGUGACAAAGAUGUUUGAUGCAAGUGAAGGGUCAGGGUACGUCGACGUGGGCUUGAUUCCGAAGGGUGCGAGGGAUAUAGUAGUGAUAGAGGUCGAGGAAUCUGGAAACUUCUUGGCCUUGAGGAGUGAAGAUCCAGAGAAGUAUCACCUGAAUGGCCAAUUCAUUAUCCAGUGGAAUGGAGAAUAUAAAGCAGCUGGAACAACUUUUUUCUAUGAGAGAAGUGGGAACCUGGAGAACCUGACUUCACCAGGACCAACUAAGGAGCCUGUGUGGUUACAGCUGCUUUUUCAGGAGAGAAACCUGGGAGUGAAAUAUGAGUACACUAUAAAAAAACACCAGAAAAAAGAAAAUGAGGUUGAAGAACCGGAGUAUAUAUGGAAGUAUGGAGCCUGGACUGACUGCACUGCCACUUGCGGGACAGGAGUUCAACGACAGCCUGUCAGAUGCAUAGAGAAGGGGAGUGGGGUGGUGGAAGAGACAUUGUGUAACCCAGAAACACGCCCUGAAGGCAGGCAGAAGAAGUGCAAAAACCAGGACUGCCCAGCACGGUGGUGGGUUGGGGAGUGGCAGGCCUGUUCCAUGACCUGUGGUCCUUCUGGUCUCAAGAAGCGCACAGUCUUUUGUAUUCGAACAGUUGGGGCUGAAGAACAGGCACUGCCGCCUUCAGAGUGCAGGCACCUACUCAAGCCAAAGCCCCAGGUGCCAUGCAAUAGAGAUGUGCUGUGCAGCUCACAUUGGAUUGUGGAUAACUGGAGCGAGUGCUCAGUUACAUGUGGGGGAGGAAUACGGACCAGAGGAGUGACUUGUCCCUCAACUGCUAAAAAGGCUUGUGAUAUUUCAAAGAAACCAAAUUCCAAAUCGCUGUGUGGUCUUCAGAACUGUCUUUCUAAUAAGAAAUAUUCUUCUCCUCUGUUUCCAAAAAUAAGAAGAAUAGUCCAUGAAAGCCUACCCCGAAACCCAUCUCAAAAGCCCAUUGGUGCUCCUUCUGGAAAAAUUAUCUGGCCCAAACUGACCAGGAAUAACCUCACCAUAACAACAACUAGUCAGCCUUUUCACACCACUCAACCAGCCACUGUUGCAACUUCUUUUAUCCAAUAUAGUAUAGGUGCUAUUACGAAAGAUAACUUGGGUGGUGAAGAUUAUGAUUACAACUUCAUCACUUUUGGUAAUUCAAGCACAAGGAAGUCUCCCAGACCACUGAGCAGCAAACCACCUGACCCUUCAUUGAAAGACAAGACGUUGAAAAACUUAACACCCGGUUAUGACUACAUUACAGAUGACUCUACCUUUGUCUCUGGUGAGGUGGAUGGAACACCAGAGGAAAAUACAAGUCCUUCAGACUAUUAUAGAACUACUGAACCAAGUUUGCCCUCUGCCAGGAACUCUGUGGAUGCAUCCCCAUCUUAUCGAGUUACAUCUACCAGAAAGCCCGGCAUUAAACUAGAUCAUAAACAAAAGCCAAGUACAACUACAGGAGUGCCUGUAACCACUCAAAUCAUUCACCCAAAUGCAGAAAGGACGACAAAAAGUAACCAUACAAAUGUAACUGUCUUUCCUAAAGUUAAUGUCUUAAAAGCUAAACCAAGGAAUACGGCAGAUCAGGGGGAAUCAACCACUACCACUCAAAUCCCAGAAGGUUACAGCGCUAAACAAGGAGACCUCUUUACCAUCACUUCAGACAAUAAAAACUUUGACACCAGGGACCAUUUAAGAAAUUAUGUUUUUUGGGUUGUGGGCAACUGGAGUGAGUGCUCUACAACUUGUGGACUUGGAGCAGUUUGGAGAACAGUCAAGUGCAGCAGUAAUGAGGACUCCCACUGUGAAAACAUCAAAAGACCGGACCCUGCCAGAAGGUGUCAUCUCCGCCCAUGCACAACCUGGAAAAGUGGAAAUUGGAGUAAGUGCUCUGAAAACUGCCAAGGUGGCACAAAAUCACGAGAUGUGCAAUGCAUAGAUGCUCAGACAACACGACAGCUCCGACCUUUCCACUGUCAGCCUCUUGGAUAUAAGCCUCCUACUACCCUGGCUUGCAAUCGGGAAUCCUGUUUGGAAUGGCACCAGACACCAUGGAGUGAGUGUUCAAAGAGUUGUGGGUCUGGCCAUUGGGAGCGACUUGUCUAUUGCCCGAAAUACAAUCGUUGCAACAUGAAAGAAAGGCCUAACAGUACUGAACCCUGCAAUAUUCAACCCUGUACCCAGUGGGUCACGGAUGCUUGGGAAGAGUGUACAGUCCCCUGUGGUGGAGGUGUGAAGCACAGGAUUGUGAGAUGUGUAAAUGAGGAAUCCAAGACAGUAGAAGACAGCCGCUUUUGUGAAGCAAAGACAAGACCUGCAGCUCUCCAGAACUGUAACCAGCAUAAAUGCAAAAAUAAUAAAGCUCCUUCCUGCAUCAAAGACAGUCUGUCCACUAGAUUCUGUGAGAAGCUGAGGUUGCUUGGAAGGUGUUCGUUGAUAACGAUACAGAAGCAGUGCUGCCUAACCUGCCUCAGUUCAUAUCAGACUCUGGAUUCCAGAUAAGCAGACUCUGUGACUCUGCAACCCCACUGCAACUUCCACUGAAAUCAUGAGGAACGUGUUAUCUGUAUUUCCAAACUGACUUGAACCCUAAAUGUUAUUCUUGGCACAGAAUAUUCAAACUUGGGUUUAAUAUACAUAUUUUACAUUGUGCCUCAUUGUUUUGUUUGUUGUAUUAACUGCCUCAACACUUCAUUAAAAAUGUUCACAUAUACUGUAAUAUACAGUAUACAUAUGUUUGCAGGCAGAUUUCAACUGCGGUCAUAUACAGUUUGUUUUACAGUUUGUCAGUAAAGAGCCUUAGACCCCAUAGAAGCAUCUGUCUAAUCGGUACACAAUGUGAAUGGAGGGUUGUCACAAAGACGGCCGGAGUGGGUGGCGUCAGACCAGAAGCAGGAAAUAAACAGACAGAGAUGUGUGGUUUGGUGAAGCUGAGCGAAUGUUUUCGCUCAGCAUUUAAUAAACAGCACAGAAAAUAAACGGUUUGAAACACAAAAACACAGGAAACGGCACUUGCGGCCAAAAUAAACAGGUAAACAAAACGAACAGACACUUAACAAACGGUGCACGGAGACAAACAAACACGGUGAGUGAUAACACUUAUCUUUACGCUUUCUUUUACUUUCUCCUUCUCUCUCUCCCGUUCUCCACUCACCGAACACCCCACCCUGACUGAAUGAAACGUGCAUCUAUAUAUACUGUUGUGCUGGGAUUCAAUUACUAAUUAAUUAUUCACUUGAAUCCCAGCACGUGAAUUAAUUCUGUGCAACCCUGUGCUUACAUAUUACAUUUAACCAGCACGUGAAGUGAUUUGUGCCCUCCUCGUGCCUAAAUACAAAUCUACAUUUUUAAAUACACGUGAAACACAGACCCGUUUAUAUCCCGUGUACCAAUCUCUAUACACCAACAUUAACACACGCACGCAACAUACAACACAUAAUAUGCACACAGGGGCGGGGCACAUUGCCACAAGGGUAUACAAACUAAAAAUCAGGCAUUCUCAUAUUCUAUUGGAUUAUUAAAAGUUCAACCAAGAUCCCAAACUUUUGUUUUCAUCUGAGCCUUUUCCACACUUACAAGUCUGCUUAAUAAAUAGUUUAUAUUAGUUAUAUUAUAUGGUCAUAAUAAAUUAUGGUUCUGCUUAAGGAUCUUAGGGUUUCAUGGGGCCUGUUGGAUUGAAUUGACUACAUCCCAGAACUGUUAAUACUGGCUUGAAAUCAACAAAUAGAAAUCAUGUAGCACUUUGUAUUACUUAAAAAGUUUCCCUCCAAUACAGCGAAAUCUAACUAGUCUUUUUGACCACAGCUGAGUUAUAUAUGUUAGGAUUAAGUAAUUGCUUUGUGAGAUACACAUGCAUAUUCUCGUAAUCCAUCUUGUUGAAUACAGUGUAUUUCAUUUGGAGAUGUGUAUGCAUGUUCUGUACAGGCAGUGAGAAAAGCACAGUGCCUGGUGAAUUCUUACUUUUUUCAUCAUUGAGGUGUGUAUCUAGUAAGUAGAAGCGCUUUACAUUAGAUUAGAUUUCAGUGUUACUGUACAGGCUGUAGGGUUUAAAACACAACGCAUUACUUUCUGCUAUGUUGUACGUAUUCCUGCAAUAUCUUUUUUUAACAUAAUUGCAAUUGUUUUGAUAUUUUUAUCAACAUAUUCCAACAUAAAUCAGUUUUGAGUAGUAAUUUUUGUUUCAGAUCGUUUAUGCAUUGGGUCUUCUCUUCAGAAUAGCUUUUGAAUUCACAACAUCGGCAGGUUGAAUUCAACCUGUUCAGAAACAUUUAAUUGGUUCCCACCCAAUUCCUCUCAUAAAAUUCAACAUUUUGAUUGGUUCAUCUGUCCGUCAGCUUUGCCAGGAUUCUCCCUGCUCACACAGGUUCAGAUGGGCGGGAACAAGUUUACAAAUAUACAUGACAAACCCUGUAUAGUCACAUCGGCUUUACAGCAAAGAUGCAAGAUGCCUCCAGCUUUAUGACUAUGUAUGUUUGUACUCAAAAUGUGCAAAAGACACUGUUGCACGGAACACUUUAUAACCUAGGCAGUGAAAUCUGCUGUCCAUCUAAACACUGUUGUGUUAGUUUGUAGAGUCCUUGCUUUAGGUUUUAUUACUGGUUCUUAUUCUAUAAAUCAUCCAAAUGCAGUUAAAGAAAGAAGAAAAAAAACAUUUCAAAUGAAAUUUGUAUGCCUGGAUAUACAGGGUGGGUAAAACAAUAGCCCAUUCAAUGGAUAACAUUCUUAAAUUAAGAAAGUUGUCAAAGCUUUAAAAUCCAGUGAACUUAGUGGCCACUUGAUUGGACUGUCAUUCAGUAGAUAUUGCCCAUGUUGUAUAAAGUUUUCCCUAUGUGUGUUUGUGUGUGUGUGUUUCUAUAUAUUAUUAGUUUGAAUGUUUGAAUCCAUUCGAAUCGUCUUUUUUUUUUUUUUUUUUUUUUACUUUUAAGGUCAACCUCAUGUUUUAAACAAGUUUACAAAUGCUUUAGCUGAAACAUCGCCAUUUAAAAAAAUACUUUUAAUAAUAUACAUUUAGAAGCCUGUACAAAACAUAACCUUGCCAACAAUGAAAAUAGUUUUGCUGAUACAGUAUUUUUCCUGGCAAAAUGUUCCUUUAAUGGUGCUCUUCAACAAGGUGCUGUCUCAAUGCAUUUUUUUAAUACAAUAGGUGUUGCAGGUCAGCACCAUUUUUUUUAUUAAUUACUGUAUGUUUUUAUAUAGUGUUUUUAUAAAUGUUUGCUUUUAUUAUUUUCUAACUACCUUUAACAAGAUAUGUGUAAUGAUUAAGCAUGCCCUUAUAGAAAUGCAUAACAAUCUGUCAUAUUUCCUCUGUUUACAGUGUAAGUAAGGUGCUAUUCCAAUGUACUGAAUUCAUUAUUUCAUUCCAGGUUGAAGUCUCUAUGCUAUUUGUACUCAUGUAGGUGUUUCCUCCCAUGAUUUGUUGGUUUAUUUACUCUGGGGUAUAAUGGCAUGAACUGUUAUUAAAUUGUUGUUUUGUGGCAUACAGUCUACCAGUAAAUCUUCAGAUGUUAGUAAUAAUAUGAUACAGAGUUAAAGCAAUACAAGACAAAUGGGUCCUAAUCACAAAGCUUUAACUUAUUGAAUACGUUUUUUCACAGUGUGUUUUAUGAAUAAUGUAAACUCAAGCUUAAGUCAUCAAUAACCUCAGUAAGCUGACAGGGUGACAUUCUACAUUCUAAAAUAAUGUAAUGUUUGUUUGUUUUUUCAUUGAAAAAUGUUUGAAGGGAGAUUUUGGAUGAAAAUCACUUUGUAAUGAUUAAUAAAAAAUACAAAUAAAACAGUUUCGGUCAAAGUUGCAGGAGUUCAAUUAGGCUGUGCAGUUUUCAGUUAUUUGUUGUCACAGUCAUUGAUUGCUGUUAAGCUGCAAAAUCCUGCAGCGUUAGAACAACUGAUACAAAAAUAACAGCAGGGCUAAUAAUGUAAGUCUGCAAGGCAAAGGGAGGCUAUGUGGUCCAGUGGUUAAAGAAAAGGGCUUGUAACCAGGCAGUUCCCAGUUCAAAUCCCACCUCAGUCACUUACUCAUUGUGUGACCCUGAGCAAGUCACUUAACCUCCUUGUGCUCUGUCUUUCGGGUGAGACGUAAUUGUAAGUGACUCUGCAGCUAAUGCAUAGUUCACACACCCUAGUCUCUGUAAGUCGCCUUGGAUAAAGGCGUCUGCUAAAUAAAGAAAUAAUAAUAAUAAUAGUACAUUCUUGCAUUGCUUUAGGGUUGUGAUAAAGGAAAAACUGUAUCCUCAUUAUAUAUAUGAAUAAUGCGUUCUUUUUUCAGCCAAGAUGUA